GCCUCAUUGACAUGUAAACGAGGAGCCCCUAUAAAGGCUGUGCCGCCUCCUGAGGGCACAGAUACGGCAGGAUGGGCCCUGAGCCCGAGACCCAGGGCAGCUCUGGCGGUCCCGCCAGCAGAUUCCGCAAGAUUUCCAAGCCACUGAUGGAGAAGAAGCGACGGGCACGCAUCAAUGUGUCGCUGGAGCAGCUCAAGUCGUUGCUGGAGAAACACUAUUCGCACCAGAUCCGGAAACGCAAGUUAGAGAAGGCAGACAUACUGGAGCUGAGCGUCAAGUACAUGAAAAGCCUUCAGAACUCCAUGCAAGGGCUCUGGCCGGUCACCAGCAGAACCGAGUACCCGUCGGGCUUCCGCGGCAGUCUGCCGGGCGUUAACCAGCUUCUGCGGCUCGGAGAGGAGAAUGGCAGCGGCCUGCGCUGCCCCCUGCUGCACGAAUGCGAGGUUGGCAGCACCAUGGACAGCGUCAGCCCCGGCCCGGAGGAGCCCGCGCGGCGCGGCCCCUGCGCCCCAGUCGUUUGGGCCUCUGAUCCGGCCGCCGGCGAAUCGCGAUCCUCGCCACCCCGGCUCCUCCUCCCCAGAGGUCUCCCCGGCUCGUCCAUUAGCGUCCCGGCACCGCAGGUGGCGUCUCGCCAGAGCGCCGAGAGCCCCGGGCCGGCGCAGCGCCUGUGGCGACCCUGGUGAGGCCCAGGCAGGGCUUCGGACUCAAGGGGGCCCCCAUCUGGUCGGCGGGAGCAGAGACUGUUCUGAGCGCACCCGUGAUGACGGCCAGGACCCCAAAAGUCCGACCUGGUCCCGGGUUGGGUUGGACGGAAGGGUGCCGCGUGCCCGGGAAUGCGGGGAAAUACACGGAGCGACGGUGGACCCGGGUCUGCGAGUCUAGGCAUAAUCCACCCCCUGCCCCAACCCCACCUACUCAUGCUAGAGCCACUCUCUCCUCCCACCUCUAAAGGGUCUGGGAGGGGGUGUCCCGAGCUGCGCCCCCUUUCCCAGGGCCCCGUCCCUUGCCCCCGCCCCGCAGCCGCGCCACGGUGGGAAGGUCGCAGUCGGCAGCGGCGCAGAGCAGACCCCUCGCAGCGAGGAGAAUCGCUGCCCCGCCCCGGCCCAUUCAGCGGGUUGGGGACGCCCGGUUCCCACCGGCACAAAGCACACCGGGUCCCGCCCCGCGAGCGAGGGGCCCCCAGCCAACCCCCGCUAUGUACCCUCAGGUCUUCCAUGAAUCCCCACCCCCUCUGCACGCGGCGCGGCCACCCUGCGGGAGCUCGCUGCAACACCCUGGGCUCCAAGAGGUACCUCCGGGGGCUGCCCUUGCCCCUCCGCCCACUCUGAGCUCUGGCCCCACCCAGAGAGUUG